AUGGUUCCAGAAACGUGUUACCUCUAUGCGAUUAUCACUUGUUACAAAGUUGUCACAGCCAACUACAAUCAACAACUGCUGCAAAGUUCGCUCAGAUCUAAGGUACUUGAAGCUCGGGCGGUUGCCUACGCGGUCGAUCUGGAUAAAAAUAAUAAUUCUCCCACACUUAACACAAUGCUCUUAUCUUCAUUCAAACACGAAGAAAUAAUGACAGUAACAAAACAAGUGUUCUUUACAAGUUAUUCCUACGAACUCAUACCGACGGAUAGUAACAAACAAAAAAAUGGUCCUUCGAGCCGGAUCGCUACGACGUGUGUAGUGAAUUACUGGUGCCGAGCUUACGACGCGACGACGCCCAGGAAAUACGACGGAUCGAGCCCUCGACCAGGACGCCAAAACAGGGAACAACUGGUGCCGAGCUUACGACGCCACGACGCCCAGGAAGUUCAACGGAUCGAGCCCUCUGCGGUGACGACAUCCUCUUCAGCAGUUUACACGGACAUCGACGUCCACCCCAUCCACUCGUCCAACCAGGACGCGGCAGCAAAAGAAGUACUGGUGCCGAGCAUUCAACGCCACGACGCCCAGAACGCCCGACGGAUCGAGCCCCCCGUGGUGACGACAUCCCUGCGGAAGCUGCACAUAAUCACUGAAGCCACCCUUGUCCACGCGACAAACCACAGGACGCCACAACAAAGGACAGCACAAGAUCAACUUGAAUUAUUAACAAUUGAAAAUGAUGCCGAUCCCGCCGAGCCAGACGAAAACGAGCGAUUUGAAUAUGAAAACCGUUACUACGAAUUAUGUUCAAAGGCAGAAGAAUUAAUCGAUAAGUUUACAAUUAAGGCAUCUAGUAGUUCUACCAAUAUUAAAUUGCCCACUAUCGAGUUACCUCAUUUUGACGGGGAAUAUACAAGUUGGACGGCCUUUUACGAUAGUUUCCGUACCCUUAUUCAUGAAAACACCAACUUAGAAAAAAUACAAAAAUUGCAUUAUUUGCGUUCCUGCCUUGGGGACGAACCAAAACGAAUUAUUGAUAAUCUAUCUAUAUCCGCUCAAAGUUAUGACACUGCUUGGCGAUUACUCAAAGAGCGUUAUCAUAGUAAGCGCUUAAUUGUUCACAAUCACAUCCACGGCCUUUUUAAUUUAACACAAGUUAACAAAUCUCCAAAUUCAUUGCGGACGCUUUUAGAUCAGUUAAAUGCAAAUUUAGAGUCGCUAAAAGCUCAAAAUUUAGAUGUAACUAAUUGGGAUCCAGUUCUUAUUUAUUUGGUGUCCACAAAAUUUGACUUUGCGACAAAACGGGAAUGGGAAUCAAAAUUAAAAAACAAUGAACUGCCAACGCUGAAGGAAAUGACGACCUUCAUAUCACAGCGUUGCCAAACACUUGAAUCAAUGGAAUUUUGCAACUCUUUCGAAGUAAAUUCGGAAAACCCGCGGUACAACUUCACAAAAUCUAAGUUUCCCGAAGUUAAACGUAAAUUAACGAUAUGUCCAAAGUGUAAACAAUCAUCCCAUUGUUUCGUACAACAAUGUACGGCUUUUUUACAACUUAGCAUCCAAGACCGCAUUAACGAAGUAAAAAGGCUAAAACUUUGCUUAAAUUGUUUACGCGAGGGCCACGACGCUAGAUCAUGUACCUCCCGGUAUUGUAGAACGUGUAAUGGCAGGCACCACACAUUACUACACUUACAAAAAAGGGAACCGCAAAGUGUAAAUAACCAUAGCUGUUCGACUGAAUUUAAGUCACUCACGUUGCUUUCCACAGCCGUAAUUAAAAUUAGGGACGGUAAUGGCCAGCUUCACAAAGUUAGAGCGCUUUUGGACAUCGGUAGUGAUAGUAAUUUUAUCACCGAUAAAUUAUGCCGACUGUUAAAACUAAAUUUAAAUAAAUGUCAGGUGUCUAUUGCUGGUAUAGGGCAAACUAGUACUACUCUCACUCGGGCUGCAAAGGUCUUUAUUAAAUCACUUUGUGACAAUUAUUCAAACACAAUCAGCUGUUUGGUACUGCCAGAAAUCACCAAUAAUUUACCAGUCGAAACAUUUGACCCUACACCAUUGCGAAUACCGGAUAAUUUAACUUUGGCGGAUCCUGAAUUUUAUAUAUCGGGCGAAAUAGACCUUUUAAUCGGAGCCGGACUAUUUUACGACAUUUUGAGAGAAGGGCGUAUAAAAUUACAAAACAACAUUACUUAUGUACAGAACAGCUGCUUUGGGUGGCUAGUGGGCGGCCCAUAUACAAAUGUGGGUCUGCAGUGUCAAGGGCCAAGAGAAAAUUCCUGCCUCUUAAGCACCAACAGUCUGGAGCACCAGAUGUCAAAAUUCUGGGAAUUGGAGGGCAUGGAUAAUAACGUAAAUUUCACCACUGAACACGAAGCCUGCGAAAUUUCAUUCGUCACCACAACUAAAAGGGACCCAGAUGGUCGGUUUUUAGUAGCGCUUCCCGUUAAAACAAGACCUCUGGAUAUUGGCCAAUCAAAAAGAACCGCAAUAAACCAAUUUAAAAGCCUUGAAGGUAAAUUCGGACGAAACCACGGUUUAAGGGACGAGUAUAACAAAUUUCUAGGGGAAUAUCUUGCGUUAAAUCACAUGGAAAGGGUUACAGUUCCGGACGAUCCUUCCAUUCAGUGUGUUUACUUACCCCACCAUCCCGUUAUUAAAGAAACGAGUCUUACCACCAAAACUCGAGUUGUUUUUAAUGCUAGUUCCCGGACAAGUAAUGGGCAGAGCUUAAACGACAACUUAAUGACAGGGCCUAAUUUGCAAGCAGAUUUGUUCUCGAUUAUAGUUAGAUGUCGCUUACACAAAUACGUACUAUCAGCUGAUCUUUCAAAAAUGUUUAGACAAAUAUGGGUACGACCUGAAGAUCGGGAUUUACUUCGUAUCGCGUAUAGAUUUGAUCAGACGGAACCGAUACAAGUAUUUCGACUAAAAACGGUAACAUAUGGUUUAAAUUGCGCACCGUUUCUUGCAAUGCGUUGUUUGCGAGAAUUGGCAUACGAGGCAAGUGCGGACUACCCACAAGCUGCAAAAACGAUUUUGAAUUCGUUCUACAUGGAUGAUUUGUUAGUCGGGGUGGAUAACGUAGACGAAGGUAUCAAGUUACGUGACGACCUAAACAAUAUUUUAAAGGGCGGAGGUUUUGAACUUUACAAGUGGGCCUCGAAUGAAACUAAGCUUUUACCAAACCAGGAUAGUGAAAAUAAUACCGCAGUUGUUAGAUUGGACAGUAAUUUUGAAACCAAAGCACUAGGUCUAACUUGGAAUUGUCAAAGGGACUUAUUCAAAUACCAAUUGGCCGCGAUUAAACUGCCUAAGGUGGCCACGAAACGCAACGUUUUAUCAAUUAUUGCUAAAAUUUUUGACCCUUUAGGCCUCUUAAGCCCAAUGUUAAUAGUAGCAAAGAUCUUAUUACAAAAAUUGUGGCAACUUAAAUUAAACUGGGAUGAACCGAUACCAUCUGAAUUAAGCGAAACCUUUCACCAUUUUUGCGCAAAUUUACACCGAAUCGACGAAUUUGUAAUUCCGCGAUGUAUUAAUUACUUUUCUCCGCAAAUUCUAGAGUUACAUGGAUUUUGUGACACUAGUAAAGAAGCUUAUGGGGCCGCGAUUUAUGUAGUUGCCGUUGGUGAAAACAAGCAACGACAAAUAAAUUUACUUUGUUCAAAAUCUCGUGUUGCUCCACUUAAACCAACAACAAUUCCGCGACUGGAACUAUGCGCGGCGGUUCUUCUCGCAAAACUUACAGUGAAGAUUAUUAACACGUUGGAUAUAUGCGUUGGGAAGAUUUAUUUGUGGUCAGACUCUAUGAUAACCCUAUCUUGGAUAGCAGCUGAGCCAAAAAGAUGGGAGCCCUUUGUCGCACACCGGGUGGCGGCAAUUCAGGAAAUGACAAAAAGGGAACAAUGGCACUAUGUAAAUAGUCAACAAAAUCCUGCAGAUAUAAUUACAAGGGCUUUUCUAUUAAAAGAUUCGUCACAUUGGCCUAAGCCUCCUAGUCAUGUAACAGAACUUCCGCCGGAAAGACGCAAUGUAACACUAGUGUCUCAAACACAACCAGAUUUAAACGUUUUCCAUCGACCAUGCAUCAGUGCAUUGUUCGAUCACAUUUCUCCAUUCCUAAAAAUUAAUGAAGAAAUAACGUUCACAGUCACGUCCCUGAAUAUGGAAAUCAGCAUCCUUGAAUCUAAAAAACUCAUUCGAAAUUGGCUUCCAUUCCAGCUGAUCGCUCCUUGA